CGUGUCAAUUGCGCCUUUCCAAUCAUAUCUGUUUGUGUCCUUUGUUUCACCACUGUGCAAAUAUGGACAACGCCGACGGCAAAACCCUCACCUCCGCCUCCUCUAGACCCGCUUCCAUCCGUUCGACCGCCUCGUCCGUCACGCUCGCCGUCAACGACGAAGCCCGGAACGUUCCCAACAACGCAACCAACACCGGGAACGCAACCACAACCAACACCGACGCGACGAACUCGCCGUCCCGCCUCAGACAACCCCAUGACUAUCGGUACACGAAACCGACUGGCCGCCCGCCCAACCCAAAUGCUCAGCCCAAGCAGAAGGGCAAGCUAGGCCAGUUCAUGGAGAGGUUCCAGACCCCCGCCGUCCGGCGCAGCAUCGAGAUUGCAGAGCGCGAGAAGCUGAGGGCAGAGCGGACGGGCGUGCGCGUGCGGAGCUCGACUGGGGCGCCGGCAGGGUCGGGCCAGAGUUUCGGAACUUGGCUCUGAAUUGGAUACGCCUUGCCUCCUUCACUGCGGAUUACAGGGAGUGGAUUGUGGCUGUGUCUGAUGGCUUGUGGUAGCUCGGUAGCUGACGGGAGGCUUGGAGUGAUUUGGCUGACGAUGCGAGAUGGA